CAGCGCCGAAAUUUCAGAGUCGUCCGACGACACAGUCUCGUCCCCCGAAAAACCAAGCUCGGAAAACGAUAACACUUUGCUCCUCACUUAAACGACACUCGAAUCCUCCAUUACCCUUUGAAUUUACAUUUCUACCCUUCUCGCCCGUUCAAAUUCAUGACCCAAAAACCUCCGCUCUCUCUUCGCGAUUCUGCCAAACUGUAUGGGUAUUUUCGUAAUAUAGAAUAUAAUAAUAUAUUUUCAAAAUUUUCAUUGCUCCGAUAAAAAAAAGAAGAAAAAAUAAACUCUUUCUUUGGAUACUACAAAACGAAAAAGGGUAGUGGUGUGGUUGGGUUGUAUUGUAUCGUUACUUUCGUAUCGCUGUGAAGGACUUGUACUGUGUGCUGUGCAUAGUUGUACCUUCGGUUUUGAGUUGUUUCUAUUAAGCUUCGGUUGCUGUACAUUGCAGCGUUCUAGGCCUCUGUUAACCGGAGCUCUGGUUUUCCGAUUUAGGGUUAUUCGCCUCCGAUUCGAUGCUCAAUCUCUGUGUGAUUGGUCGAGAUUCAUGGUAGUGUUUCGUUCACGUGACGCUUUGGCAUUGUAGAGAGAGAAAGCGGAGGAGCGUGAUUUAGAGAGAGAGAGAGAGAGAGAGAGAGAGAGAGAGAGAGAGAGAGAGAGAGAGAGAGAGAGAGUUUGUGAGAAUGGAGAUGGAGGAAGAUAUGGAGGUUGAGGCUGAACCAGUGUUUGAAGCUGUUGAAAUCGACCUCGAGUACGAGUUUGAUGCUGUACGGUUCUUUGAUUUCACCCGGGAGGAGACUCUGGCCGAGGCUUGUGAAGCUGAGUUGUGGUUCGAGUCCGCUAAGAGCUACCCUCCUUCUCCUUUUGUGGCGAAGUUGGUUCUCAGAGAGGAUGUUUUCCUGGGAAAUGUAAACGUUUCACCAAAAUCAGAUAGAGAGAAUCCGAGUUCUUCACUCCAUGGCGGUUAUCAUGUUGGUGAAGGUCAUGAAAUUUGUGCAAAUGAUGUAUAUAAUGGAGAUUACGAAGCAUUGAAAAGAGGGAUCUUUGGUAAUUUACAGAAAGUUUUGAAUCAACCACAUGGGUUAUCUUCAGGAUUAUACAAUCACUUAUCAAGUAACAAACCAAAAGGUAAAACUAUCCCUUCGGUCAAAGCAUCUUGCAAUAGGAGCUCCACUUUAAUGAAGCCAACAGCAAGUCAACUGGCUAAGCAAAAUAGACCUGCUCAAGUUGGUAGUUCCAGAUACAAAAUGCUGCACCUUCAAAACAAAGAGAAGAGCUUAAAUAGUUCCUCUGGAGUAGAAAAUCAGGCUCCCAAGAGACAAAAGUUAGAGGGAGGUCACCUACGAAAGGUCACUGAUGGAAAGCAGCAAACUAAUUUUGUUCACAAGGCUCCUAAAAAGGAUGAAACCACUGAUAAAAAUGUUGCACAUGCCAAGUUGAGGCUUACUAUACCAAGAGAGCCUGAAUUUGUAACAGAACACAGAGCACAAAGGACAAGGCCUAGGAGUGAAACAGAAAUUGACCAAGUGGCACCAGCUGUUCGUAGAUUUAAAGCGCGGCCCUUGAACAAAAAAAUCUUUGAAGCUCCUUCUUUGCCACUUCCGAAACGGAGUACCCCAAAAUUGCCAGAGUUUCACGAGUUUCGCCUGAAGACAAUGGACAGGGCUAUGCAAAAGGCAUCUUCCAAUUCUGUGUCUAAUCAUUGCAAUGAAUUUGACAAGGGGCCUGACAAAAUCAGUAGUUCCAGUGUUGUAGAAAAUGGGAGAAGGGAUAUCAGAAGACCAAUCACUUGCGAAGUUCAAAAACAAGAUGGAGAUGCAAUACAUAGAUUCAAAGCUCUUCCUCUUAAUAAAAAGAUAUUUUCUAGUAAAGGAGACCUUGGUAUUUUUCGGAACAACAAGCGAGAAACAACAGUACCCAUGGAAUUUAACUUCCAUACAGAGAAAAGAAUUCAGCAUAAUCCACCACCAAUAGAUCUUUUUAGUAAGCUUUCUCUGACAUCUGAACUCCAGCCAAAUAAUGGAUCUCAGUUAAAAGUGCCUUGGUCCAAUUUUUUAUCUGGAAAGGGCUCAAAAGAAAAUAGAUUUGACACUUUCAAGACAGAACAUAAGGUAGCAACAGAUCCCGUGAACGAAAAACCUUCAAACUUUAGUCGAAAGCAGAUCCCAUGUGGAACUAAUGGUUGCAUCUCUGACAUUGGUGAUAAAUUGCACACAAGGAGCUUUGGCAUCCGCUGAGGGUCAAAGGGAUCAGAAUCAGAUUUCAAUUUUGCUCUAUAGCUGCUGGACAAAAGACUGGAAUACAAUACAUAAAAGCGAUACAUUUCGUUGUACAUGGAAAUUGAUGGAAGUCCACAUUGCCUUACCUUAGACAUACAUAGUUGGAACUAGUUUUUUGUAUUUUCCAAAGUUCCAAAGUUGUAGGUUUCAGUUAAAAUUCAAUAAUAUGUUGAAAGGCCGGUGUUGUACAGCCAUUGAAAGGCCACCUUACCCUCAUAGCUUGUUCCAUAAUCUUUUUCUUUCUACCAUCUUAACAUGAAAUUAAUCAGAGUUGGUUCAGUUCUCCAGCAAAAAGAGAAAAAAAACAGAGUUAGCUCAGUUCAGAAAUAUACAAAAGUACAGUCCUUGCUCCUCUUUAAGUUUUUUUCUUCUACAAAAUAGAAGAUUUGUAGCCAUUUCUUUUCUAAUCUGUGUUUUGUUCACAGGAUAAUGAUAUAAAAAUUACAAUUUGUAAGUUUAA